UGUACCAGGGUUGGGGGUGGGUGGGGGAGCGUCAGCCAUUCGUAGGCGUCUGCUGGCUCCCGAUGUUAACUCCAAAUAAUCUAAACGGUACAAAUAAACCGGAGCCCUUUUAGGAGCCAGAAAAAAAGGAGUUUUAUUGGAACAUUACAAACACGCAAAAAGAGAAAGAAAAGGACAAAAAGGUGCUUUUUUUUGCGGGGAUCUCGGAGGAGGAGGAAUCGGCGGCCAGAUGACAUGCACCUCCUACAGCUGGUUAGCACAUCUCCCUGCCGGUUCUGACGACCCGGGUUUGCAUGAUCACCCCGUGCCUGCUCGAGUUUUCUUCUGGCAUUCUAGUUUCCUCCCACAUCCCCAAAACACGCGUGUUAAGGGUGUACCCCACCUCCUGCCCAAAGAUAGCUGGAGUAGGCUCCAGCACGCCCACAAUCCUCGCACAGCAGCGGUAGCCAGCCGGGCAGACGAUCCGAGUGUUUCGUAGCUUUGAUGCGACCCGAGUGCGCCUGGAGCAUGUCCACAGUGGGCCUGACUGCCCAGGAGACAUCUUUUCCCGUAGAACACCCCUUCCUGUGGGCCAGCUACUGUCACAGCAUGGCUGGAUCCAAGUCAUCGUGGAGCUAUACCCACGACAUGGACAACUUCUACUUCACGAUGAAGUCCGCGCACACAGAUCAGAGCUCUCAUGGACAGCACAGGAGUCCGCCAUUGCUAAGUUAUGAAAGACAUAAAUACAGUUCCAGCAGCCAGAAAUUACCUCCCAAGAAAUCCCGGCCUUCCAUUCUCUCCUUGUCCUGCGGCGCCGAAGUUACCAUGCUGAGUCCGGCCGACGACGACCAGGCGGUCCCUUCAUUACAACGGCUCUCCGUUCACGAGUCCGGCAGUCCGCCGCAAACUCCGAACAGGUGGUCCAAGCCUCUGCCGCCCACCCCGCCGCCCAUCCCGCCGCACGGCGACGUCUCAUCCGAGCAGGCCAUGGACAACGAGGUGGAGUUCUUCACCUGCACGGACGAGAGCUGCUGCCUGGUGUCUCAUCAGUGUUCCAAACCGUCUCCCUUUCAUCCGGGACUUACCGCUCGGAGAAGCUUCAGAGACUACGGACAGAUUAACCACGCGUACUACGACGGGCCUUUAGGACCGCAAAACCCGAAGCAACCCCAACCUCAGCAGCUCCCCGCACAUCCCCCGCAGCAGAAGGAAGCGCAGGAGCACGGACGCCAGGAACUACCGGCGGUCUGCCACCGGCAGCAGGACAAAUCUCAGAGGAGACUCCAGCGCUCUCACUCCGGACCGGCCGGAUCCUUUAACAAGCAUUCCCUACUGCGCCUCAACUAUCACAAUCGCUCUGCUUACAACGCAGAACCGUCGGCGGUUCCUCCGCCGAUCCCGCCGCGGCUCAAGUUAGCAGCAGACACCCGCCGCUGGUCAGCAGAGGUGUACAGCGACGAGGACAAACCGCCAAAGCUGCCCCCGAGGGAUCCCUUGUCCCUGGGCAGCUCCCGCACCCCCAGCCCCAAGAGCCUCCCGAUGUACUUCAACGGCGUGAUGCCCACCACGCAAAGCUUUGCACCGGACCCCAAGUUCGUCAGUCGGGGUCUACAGAGACAGAACAGCGAGGGCUCACCUUGCAUCCUGCCUAUCGUGGACAAUGAGGGCAAUAAGGACAGCAACACCCAUUACUACCUGCUGCCUCACCGGCCCGGCUUUGUGGACCCGAAGUCUGUGGAAAAACUCCUGCUCCCGUUGGACAACCCGGACUCGGACUGGGACUGCCUCACAAGCCGGAAAGCGCCCGUGCAUCUAGUUUGAGGAUACUCGCCCCUCUCCAAACCGCUGCUUUCAGUUUUGGACCCCUCGGGUGUUGAACGGCACGGGGAACACGCGCACCGCAUCCAGUUACUGCUGACGCCGCCUGCCCGAGGUCGCGUUCAAUUGCGUUGAAAUUUGCAAUUAUUUUUUUUUUUUUCUUCAGAUUUUCACGUCACUCGGAAAGAUUUUAUAGUCCUUUAAGGUGCAAGCGGGCCUUGAACCUUUCACUUUCAGUGUUUAGUGUCUGGAAGGUUGACCGUGUUGUGUUGGGGCUUUUGUUUGUUCGUUAUUGUUUUUUUUGUCCAAAUGCUGCUUUUUAUCUCACUAGGGACAAAAGGUCAGUAAAGUAACCAUGUGACAUUUACUAGGGAUGGGCAUACUAAUCGAUGAAUCAAUCGCGUAUUGAGUCCGCUAAAGAAGUGGACUUAAAAAGUCAGUUGUCAAACUUUUUGAAUGAGGUACUCCCUAAAAAAAAAAAAAAAAAAGUUCCACAUCAUGACUAAUUUCGAAUGAUAUUUCACGUAUUAGGCGUUCAUCAAAAACAAAGAGUAUUUUUUUUUUUAAAUUUGUUUUCACUCUAAGCCACUGUAAUGUUCAUUAUGCACAAUUUGAACAUUUUAUUUAGUGAGCCACAUGGAUUCCUCUCGAGGGAGCUGGCGUACCACCACCGGGUCACGUUCAGAAUCACCGAUCUGCUCAAUGCGACACUUGACAUGGAAACAGGAGUUCAGAUCAUUCGUUUGUUUGAAAGAAAAUGUCAAUUUCCCCCCAUAGUCGACGAAGGAAAUUCAGCCCAUCCCUAAAAUUUAUUUAGUUAUUUUAGGGUCAAAUGAAGGAUUAUCCCAAUUACCGUAAUUCCCGGCCUACAGAGCCCACCUGGUUACAAGCCUCACCGAGUACAUUUGUAAAGGAAAUAUCAUUUGGUACAUACAUACGUCACAGCUGUGUAAAAGCUGUAAGUGCCCACAUUGAAACACAAGAUAUUUAUAAAGAAAGACAGUACACAGAGUUUAACACUAGCGCUAGCUUGAGUGCAGCUAAUGCUAGUGCUAACGCUAACAGGGCCGGUUAAAAUAAAACUUACCGGUAAAUAUUGAGACACUCCAGUAACCCAGCAGCAACAUGCUAACACGGCGCUAACGCAGCGCUAACAGGGCCGGUAAAACUCACUUCCUCAGCACAUAUAUUCCACUGAUCUCAUUCUUACCUUUAUCGCUCGAGUGCCCCCUUUGCGGCCGUGAGAAAAAAAUCACAAAUUAGCCGCAUCACGGCGUAAACCGCAGGGUGAAAAGGGUGUGAAAAAAGUUGCGGCUUGUAGGCCGAAAAUUACGAUACACAUCUACUCCAUGAUUACCACCAUUGCUUUUUCUACAAUCACCAGAUGUUUUGUUUUUGUUUUUCCCAAGUCGUAAGCGUGCCCACGAGAAAGUUAAGAGCUGCAUCGGAUCCAUAAAAGAUAAAAGAACUCCACGUGGUUCAUCUGGCACCUUUGCCUUUUUAAUUUUCUUUUUUUUAAUUUUUUUUUUCAUUUUUUUACAUGCAACUCAGCAAACAUGUUAAAUGGAAUGGCAGGUGUGAGGGUCAGGCAUUAAGGCUUUGCAGCACCUUGUCCGAUAUUCAGGCGUAGACCAGUUCCACUGGACGUAAAAAGUCUACACACCCCUGUUCAAGUGCCAGGUUUUUGUGAUAGAAAAAAAACCGACACUGAGGUUAAUCGGUUCAAAACUGUGAACUUUAACCUGUGCAGUGCAAGAAAGAAACAUGAGAGGGAAAGUAAACAUAAACAACUGAAAUAAUGUGGUUGCACAAGUGUGCACACCCGCUUAUGAUUGGAGAUCACGUUCCAACUCAUGUUAACUGGGAGGCAACACACUCCUCCCACAAUUUGAAUUCCUUUUGAUGAAUACAAAAUUAAGUUCAGUAAUUCUAGUUAUUUUUUUUAAUGCUUUAUAGCGGAAGCUUGAAAGUUUUUUUGUGAGAAAACUGAUGGACGAACGGACUGACUGGUGUAUCCUCCCCCCGACCGCCCAUCUUGAUUAAGGCUCCAGUCUGAAGAAAUUAUUAAAUUAAAAAGUAGAACAGGGGUGCGUUUUUAGAUUUUUUUUUUUUUAGCUGCAGUUUACAUUUGCUCCCUUAUGGCUCUCAUAUGACCUGCAUAUGGUCCGUCCGCCCAUUCCAUGAAUAGGAAAAUCACGGCUAGAACAGCCACUGAGUGUCGUUUGUGUGGCUAAUUUUUUUUUUUUUUCUCCCCCGCGACCAUACUUGUUACUGCAUUUUUCAUUUUUCUUUCUUUUUCUUUGUUGACUUUUGGAGGUUGCGGCGAAAGCGUCGCCUCGCAGCUGGUCACACACUGUAAGGCACACGCAACACAGUUGGGAGAAGCACAAUGCUGUGUGUUCUUCGCGUUGUUUUGAGUUUUUGCAUUCCGAGUCCACCUACGAUGGAAAAAAUGCAUUGAUUUGUUUUGACAGCGGGCAACAAAAGGAAAGCGCUCUACUGACCCCUGGUGGACCCCAGUGGUACAAAUCAACCCUUCACUCGUUGAGUUUUCUUUCAUGUUCAGGCCCAACGUGAGAGUUGCAAUUUGACACGAACGCUCUGAACAUUGUAUGCCCAGCUUUAGUGAAUGUAAUCUAACUGAAAUUGAUUUUAUAUUCCCUAUAUUUAGUGGUCAAGCUGUGAGACAUUGUUUAGUACACAUUUGCUACCUCCCUCGAUAUGAAUCCUCCAUUUCAUAUUUCUGCCUUUUUUUCGGUGGGAUGAUUUUUUUUUUUUCCCCUUCUGAACAACUACAAAGGAGUGUUAGGGUCACGCGGAAAUGAAAUAAAAUAGUACGUACAAAAUAAAUUGUUUAGAAUAUUUUAAUAUAAAAAUAGUCAUUUUCAGUUUAAAAAAAAGCAUAAAAAUAAGAGAAUUAAAUUGAAGCCACAUUUUCUUUGAACCAAUCUAAGAAAUCAGACUUUUCUCAAAACAACUACUUUAUUAAAAAAAAAAAUAGGUUAAUGGUAUGGCUUUGUAUCAAAAUGUUUUUACUUUUUUUCUUGAAAAAUACAAUUUUAUUCACAUUAAGAGUAUUGUUUUGAAACUUUUUUUAAAGACUUUUUUUUUUUAUUCUCCCCAUAAGAACUCUAUACUAGAAAUUUAGGGGAUGGGGGGUUGUCAAUUUUGUUUUGUCCAGAAAAUAAUUUUCUCCCAAAAUAGUACUACUUAAGUAGUACUUUUCCCCCUUAAAAUCUGACUUUCUGGACUUUAUUAUCUGGAGGCUAUUGCCGCAUUACAAUAUUUCAUGGUGUCCCUAAUACUCCUUGAUCAAAGAAGCAAACGGCAUGCGCGCGGGGGUUGAUCGUGCGCGUGCGAGAGGGCGAGCGUUGAGUGAGGGUUGACCUCCGGCGCGUGCGUGGAAACCGACUUUCCUGUUCUGCUCGUGCAUUCCUGCCUGACAUGAUUGCGGCGGGUGCGGCCCGAGAGACUUUGGCUGCCGGCGGCCGACACUGAGCGAAAACAUGAUAGAAAUACGCUAUAUCUAUCUAUCUAUCUAUCUAUCUCUAUCUAAACCUGAAUUUUUAUUGUUCCCACCUUACCCAAUGGACACUCGAGGAUGUUAUUGUAAAUGUAGCACGCGUACGGAAGAACACGGUGUUCAACUUUUGGGGAGAAAACUGCUAACUAAGGUCAAAGCAUACAUGUUUAUUUUUAUAUUUUAUUCCUGCUCACAAACACAAUCUUUGCUUGGACUUUAAAAGUCACCCCCACACCUCCUCAGAGAAAAAAACAAAAUGUUUACAUCAUACACUGGUACUAUUUAAUCUUAAAAGGUAUUCAAAUGUCUUAUAGGAAAUAAAAACAACAACAACAACAACUGAAGAAUAAAUAACUUCUCUGCUGUGGUGAAGACAUGCACUGGGAGAGUACAGUAUGCUGUGUACAGUAUUUAACAAUUCCAUUUGUUUGUUAUACAUAGUGGUUUUCCAAAAGAAAGCAAAAUAAAAUCUUAUUUAUAUGAAUUUUGUUGCGUGUGCUUGUCUUUCUCACAUGCACACGCACACCCUGCUGUGCCUCAUUGUGAUUGGCCUCCAUCCAGAAAGGUUACAAAGGUUGAGUGACAGGUGACAGCGACGGCGUUGUCUUCCACUUCCUGGUUCGUUUGUCACUUGCUAUAGGUGGGAGAGCUUGGAUGGUUGCCGUAGCGAC